GUCAUCGUGGAGAUGAAGAUCAUAAGUCAGGUCUAGGUCAAAGGUUAAAGUUAGAGAUCAAGACCAAAGCCAGAGAUCAAGACCAAAGCCAGAGAACAAGACCAAAGCCAGAGAUCAAGACCAAAGGCAGAGAACAAGACCAAAGGCAGAGCUCAAGACCAAAGUCAGAGAUCAAGACCAAAGCCAGAGAUCAAGACCAAAGGCAGAGCUCAAGACCAAACAGCGACAUCAAGAAGGAGGGUGACAAACAGGUGGCGCUGUUCCCCGGACGAGGGAAGCUGUCUACCGUCCUGCCGGAGUUCCCGUCUCUCAAGGAUGUCCUCCUCCCUCCUCACGUCGCCCCAGACAAGGUUGCCACCUUCGUCAUGAUGUACAGGACUCACUGUCAACGGAUCCUUGACACUGUCAUCCGUGCCAGCUUCGACGAGAUUCAGAGCUUCCUGCUGCACUUCUGGCAGGGAAUGCCUCCUCACCUGGGGAGUAUCCUCAGCACCAAUGUCCUCGUCAACCUGGUGGGCGUGUGUGACUCCAUCCUCUACCGCGCCAUCUGCAGCGUUCUCAUGCCCUCUGUCCUGCAGGCCAUCCCUGACAGCCUGACUCAGGUCAUCCGGAAGUUUACGCAUGACCUGGACUCCUGGCUCAGGGUCGCCCUGGAUGACCUUCCGGACAAUUUACGCCAGGUUAAAAUUGACCUUGCGUGUCGCUUCUCGCGGAUGUUGCGACGCCAGACUUCUCUAAACCACCUGUGCCAGGCGUCGCGGAUGGUGCUUCACGCGCCAGACAUCACGCAGCAGAUGGUGCACGACUGGCGCCAGGUGGACCUGGAGACCAUCAGUCGACACACACUCUACUCCAUGGACAAGCACACCACCAGCGGCGUCACCGUCGACCUCAUCAUGAGUUUAUAUAGCGAGUUUGAACGUCUCCUGGAGGAGGGGGCGCCCCUAGAGGCCUACAGCGAGUGGUUGGAGGCGAUGGUGGAACGGUGCGUGUUGCUGGGGGCCCGCAGGAACAAGGCCCCCGUACACAAAGUGGCCCACUCCUUCCUCCUCAUGUGGUCCUGCUUCGGCACCAGAGUCAUCAGGGACAUGACCCUACACUCAGCCCCAAGCUUCGGGUCGUUCCACCUGCUCCACCUGAUGUUCGACGACUACGUGCUCUACCUGGUGGAGUCGCUGCACGCCGAGGAGAAGGCCAGGGAGCUCCUCAACAACAUCGCUACCGACUCUCCGCCCGACUGCUCAGACCCGGGAUUCGGAGAUCCUGACAACGAGGACAGCCUCCACGCCCUCACCUUCCUGAUGGGAGGAUCGACGCCCAUGGGGGGCGGGGCGGGAACAGCCACGCCCACCACGCCCGGGGUGUCCCCCAGCUCCCAGCCCACCCAUGACCUGCACCUCUCCCCCACGCCCACUACCAUCCUCGGUCUGGACGGCAGCCUGGUGGAGGAGGAAGGCAGCAUGGACUACAUCUCCAGCCUGGCCUCGUCCACGGGCGGCGUGCCUGGUCACGGCGGCAGCUCCACACCCGUGGCCACGCCAGGGGCGGCCGUGUCCGGGGGCGGCACGGGCGUGGGAGGCGACUACUCUUACAGCUACGACUACGACGCCCGUAGCUACCGCCUGCCGUCCACCCUGGUGGGCAGGAACUACCUCUACCCUGCUACAUCUGUCGCCAUCAAUCAGUACUACCAGGCCGGCGGCGGGGACCUCGCAGCCGCUGACGAACGCACCGUCGGAGGCAACGGAGGAGGCGGUGGUGGUGGUGGUCUGGUGCAUGGAGGAGGUGCAGGAGACCCGCUUGGGUACGGCAAUGGCCGCGCUGGCGACACCUACGUCGACUGCUCGGGUGUCUACUGCCCGGACCAGUCCCUCAUCUACUCCGCCAACUACUACCAGACUUACGACACAUCUUACUAUUCUAACAGGUUCAAAACAAAGGACGUUGAAGGAUAAUGUUCGGCCACAUCACAUGAUUAAAGUACUGAAGAUGGUCAGCCUUUCCGGUCUCGUUCACCAGCCUCGAGUGCUCUAGGGCCGGUGCAGCUGCCCUGGUGUCUCACGCCCUCGUGUACGCCUGUGAGAGUCGAGAGCUCUGGAAGGGCAGUGCAGCUGGUGCGUCACGCCCUCUUGUACGUCUGUAAGAAUCGGGAGCUCUGGAAGGGCAGUGCAGCUGGUGCGUCACGCCCUCUUGUACGUCUGUAAGAAUCGGGAGCUCUGGAAGGACAGUGCAGCUGCUCAGAUCCGUCAAGUCCUGCGGUGCAACUGCACAUCCGGUACCGAAGUGGUCGUAUAAUGUCUUGCAAAACUGUUCUCAUCUGCGUCAAGAUCUUGUGACAUGUUUAUGAGCAUGAAGGCAAGCGGUGGACUGGUGCAAUCUGAGGUGUUCACAUCUUCCACAGACUUCUGUAAAUAUUCAGUGGAAAGAGAACCUACCUUUGAAAAUAUAUGCAAAUAUUUUCAGGUGUUGUGGCCUUUCAAUAGACAUGUUGGGUGAUAGCAAGAUCUGUUGUGCUAGACAGAAGCAGAUAUUCAAGCGGUUGUGUGGUAUAUGUGGCCAUGGGUAGACCUUGUAUGUUUAUAUGAAUCUGGUUGUAUGGUGAUAAUAAGUGAACUCUGCUUACAUGAGGCAUCACGGAGAGGGUUCCCACACACUUUGCUUGGGUAGGCACCAGAUAUGAUCACGGAAGCAUCAUUCACAGAUGAGAUGAGGGGAGCAUCAUUCACAGAUGAGAUGAGGGGGAGCAUCAUUCACAGACUCAGGAUCAUGUUACUCCACGUCCCACCUCACUCUCAUGUAAUACCAUGAACUACCUGUAAAUAUUAAUAGUGACUUUCCUAGUCGUCGUUCUCUUUGUCGAAGAAUGAAUAUUACUCUACACGAAUACGCACACACACACACACACACACACACACACACACACACACACACACACACACACACACACACACACACACACAUAUGUAUGUAUGUGUGCUCGAAACUCUCCAUCUGCUGUUUCACUGGUCGAUUCUUCGGCUGGAAACGUGGAUAAAAGUGUAAUAAAACUAGUUUUAUUAAGAUAAUGUAUUAUUUAAAAGGCUUAACAUUAUCACUAUACCUCAAAACAACAUUCCAAAUGAAUACUUGACAGGAAUCAGUCACCACAGUCAGUGUUUCGAGCGACCUACGUGUUUGUCAAAGUAAUAUUGACUGUAUCCAGAAAUAUUAACAAAUGUAGUAUACCUUGCCAUAAUGUUUAGGUUAUUGCCAUAGAAAACUAGAAGUAUGGUUACUACAGCACGAUAUUGACACAAUAUAAAAGACGUCUGCUCGAGUUGCCAGUUCCUGUCUGAAAUUAUUACCUCAGAUAUUGCUAAAGAGUUUUGGUAAACAAGGUGUUAUACUAGUUAUUGCAAGAGUGAAGACAGCAACACUAUAGCUAACUGCUGAGCGAGUCCAAGACGUGUUGCAGACGUGAAGUUUUAGUUCAUCUACUUCCAACUGCUUUGCUGACAGUCUCUGGGGCGCCAUGAUGGAGUCUGCCAAUCUCUGGCCGCCUUACUGGUUCUUAAAGUCAUCAAUGAACCGCUUUAACUCAUGUUUUGUUAUACUGAACAUAAUUAAUAAAAAUGUAUGUUAGUAGUGCAUUGCUAAGGUCACUACCCUAGAGAAUGCACGUGGUGAAGCACUAGAUAUGAAAAAAUAAGUAUUUUGUAACGUAGCCUUUAUGUAACACAAAAUAUUUUGUAACGUAGACCUUUACGUAACACAAAGUAUUUUGUAACGUAGACCUUUACGUAUCACAAAGUAUUUUGUAAUUUAGCCAUUUACGUAACAAAGUAUUUUGUAAUGUAGGCCUUUACGUAACACACGAAGUAUUUUGUAACGUAGAUCUCUACGUAUCACAAAGUAUUUUGUAAUGUAGCCAUUUACUAACACAAAGUGUUUUGUAACGUAGCCAUUUACAUAACAAAGUGUUUUGUAACGUAGGCCUUUACGUAACACAAAAUAUUUUGUAACCUAAUCCUUUACGUAACACAAAGUAUUUUGUAACAUAGCCCUUUACGUACCAAAUUAUUUUGUAACAGAUUAUUACAUAAUACAAUAUUUUGUACUGUAGACCUUUACGUGUAAAUGGGAAAAUGUCUUAACAAAAUUCACAUAAAAAUAUAUAUAUUUUUGGCAAAGUAGACUUGAUUCAUUGUUUUAUUUUUGGCGAGUGUUCACGCCUAUGAUUGUAAGUGAUGGUGUAGAGACACGUUGUAUUAAGAUUUUAUAUACUAUACAGUACUGUAGUCUUUCAGUCUGACAAUAAACAAAUAUACCACGA